AUGGUUGACAAGCUCGAGAAAGAUGACGUCGUCCACGCGGACAUCGUCAACGAGAAGGAACAUCUCCGAGAGAAGAUCAUCACUGGUAAUGAGGUUUUCAACGAGGCGCUGCUUCUGGAGCCGCCCACACCCUUCAGCAAGAGCAUGCUGCUCAUCUAUGCCUGCUCCAUUAUUGGCAUGUUCUGCUCGACGAUGAAUGGCUAUGACGGCUCCCUCAUCAACAACCUUCUCCAGAACCCCGACUUCCGCGAUCGGUACCAGGUCGAAAAUGACGGUGUUCGUGCCGGUAUCUUCGCUGCCAUGUACCAGAUCGGUGGUGUUGUUGCUCUCCCCUUCGUCGGCCCCGCUAUCGACACUUGGGGCCGACGGGUUGGCAUGUUUAUUGGUGCCUUGACCGUCGUUGUUGGUACCAUCGUCCAGGGUGCGGCGCAAUACCCCAGCGCUUUCCUCGGCGGUCGUUUCCUCCUCGGUUUCGGAGUUUCCAUCGCAGCCGCGGCUGGACCAAUGUACGUUAUUGAGAUCAACCAUCCCGCCUAUCGCGGUGUCGUCGGUGCCUUCUACAACACGCUUUGGUUCUCCGGUUCCAUCAUCGCUUCUGGAGCGACCCGUGGCUCUCUGGACGUCUCCUUCCCUUUCUCGUGGCGCCUCAUCACCUGGCUCCAGGCCCUCUUCUCGGGUAUCAUCGUCGUUUUCUCGCUCCUCCUUCCCGAGUCGCCCCGUUGGCUCUACGUCAACAACAAGCAGGAGCAGGCCAAGCAAAUGCUCACCAAGUACCAUGGUAACGGGAACCCUGAAUCUGCUUGGGUAAAACUCCAGAUGCGUGAGUACGACGAAGCUCUUGACCUCGACGGUUCCGACAAGCGCUGGUGGGAUUACCGUGCGCUCUUCCGCUCGCGCGCCGCCGUCUACCGCCUCAUGUGCAACGUCACUAUUUCCAUCUUUGGUCAGUGGGCCGGCAACGCGGUGCUUUCGUACUUCCUUUCGUCGGUCCUCGAUACCGCCGGCUACACGGGUGUGUUUGAGCAGGCCAACAUUACGCUCAUCAACUCUUGCCAGCAGUUCCUCUGCGCCAUCGUCGGUGCCACGCUCGUCGACAGGAUCGGCCGUCGUCCCCUCCUCCUCUUCUCGUUCGCUGGCUGCAGCGUCAUCUGGCUCGGCAUGACGGUCGCUUCGGCCAUGUUUGCGAAGUCCCAGGAUGGCUUCGACGAAGACGGCGAACCCAAGUACACCAACGAGGCCGCCUCGAAGGCCGCCCUCGCCAUGGUCUUCAUCUUCGGAUCCGUCUUUUCGUUCGGCAUCACGCCCCUCCAGGCUCUUUACCCCGUCGAGGUCCUCUCUUUCGAGAUGCGCGCAAAGGGUAUGGCGUUCUCGUCGCUCGCCGUCAACGCGGCCGGUCUGCUCAACCAGUUCGCCUGGCCAGUUUCGAUGGCCAAAAUUGACUGGAAGACGUACAUCAUCUUUACCAUCUGGGACGCCAUCCAGGUGAUUGUGGUCUACUUCUUCAUCCCCGAGACCAAGGGUCGCACUCUCGAACAACUGGACGAAAUCUUCGACGCCAAGAACCCUGUCAAGAUGUCGACGAGGAAGAAGAAGGUUGCUGUCGACGAUGAGGGCCAUAUUGUUGAUGUUCGCGACGCCUAA